AUGGCCAGCUCACUGUGGAUAACGGGCUUUGCACUUCUCGCUAUGGAAACCUUCGCUGGAAUCGUAGCAAAUGGAUUUAUUGUCCUCAUCAACUGCGUUGACUGGUUCAGAAGCGGGCAGCUAUCUUCGACUGACCUGAUCCUGAUUUGUCUUGGCUUAUCCAGGCUCAUGGGGCAGGCAUUAGCAAUGCUGCAUCAAAUCAUGCAGUUUGUCAUUGCAGUUACUGCUCCAAAUUUUCUUCCUUUGGUGAUAUUUUUGUCAUCCACCAUUUUGUUAAUAAUCUCUCUGUGGAAGCACAUAAGACAUCUGCAAAACAAUGGAAUCAGAGUCAGGGAUCUCAACACCAAUGUUCAUUUGAAUGCCCUCAAAGUUCUAGUUUCCUUUGCUGUUUUGUACUUGUCCAGCUUUGUAGCAAUGACUUUAAAAACAAUGCUGAUUUGGGUCAACAUAGAUCACAAUUGGACUGUUGUGUUUUUUCACAAUGUGAGUGCUCUGUAUCCCUCUGUGCAUGGUGUUAUCUUGAUAUUAAUCAAUCCCAAACUGAGGCAGGCAUGGGUGAGGAUGAUACAACACUUAAAAUGUCCAUUGAGGAAACCUCCAUCUUAA